AUGGAUAGGAACACUUUUGGGCGGCUGUGUCAUAUUCUCCGUGACCGUGUAGGAUUAAUUGAUCAGAGGGUGACAGUGGAAGAACAAGUUGCCAUGUUCUUAUGUGUGCUUGCCCACCACAAAAAGGUUCCUAUAGUUGGUUAUAAUUUCAUGAGAUCCUCCCAGACCGUUUCUCGAUACAUACACAUUGUGCUCCGCGGUGUGCUCACGCUUCACAACCUUUUUUUGGUGAAGCCCGUGCCUAUAGAUGAUGCAUGUUCUGACCGACGUUGGUCUUGGUUCAAGGGUUGUCUAGGCGCAUUAGACGGAACGUACAUCAAUGUAUAUGUCCCGACAGCAGACACGCCCCGAUACCGUAACAGAAAAGGUCACAUCACAACCAACACUCUAGCUGUGUGUGAUCCACAGCUUCGUUUCAUUUACCUCCUACCUGGAUGGGAAGGGUCUGCUGGUGAUUCAAGGAUUUUACGGGAUGCAAUAACCAGACCAUUAGGUCUCAAAGUGCCUAAAGGUUGCUACUACCUCUGCGACAAUGCGUACCCAAACGCAGAAGGUUUUUUGACACCAUAUAAGAGCGUGCCUUACCAUCUAAAAGAAUGGGGCAUCGGAAGACAGGCACCACAAACGCCGCAGGAAUUGUUCAACUUACGACACACGAAGGCACGGAAUGUCAUCGAAAGAUCGUUUGCCGUCUUGAAGAUGCGCUGGGGGAUUCUUAGAUCUGCAAGCUUCUACCCCAUAGAUGUUCAAACUGGUCUGAUUAUUGCAUGUUUUCUACUUCACAACUACAUACGCAAAGAAAUGGCGAUUGACCCGGUCGAGGCAGAGUUGGAGAACGAGGCUGACAUUGAAGACGAUAGCGACAACGAACACAUUGUGGGUGGUGAUCAUAUCAGUAGCGUCGAGCCUUCGGCAUCAUGGACCAAGAAACGGGAUGAUAUGGCAAACGCCAUGUGGGCCGAACGAUAUCAUGUGUAAUUUUUGUUUUUCCUCUGGUUGCUUUGAACUGAGCUUCACAACUUUUGCAAUUUUCCCCUUACUCGGAGUCUUUCAAUUCGGAUUUGUACUUUACCUUCCAUACGGUUUCAUGAUUCA